AUGGCCUCUCCACAGCAGAUUAAUAGCUUGCAGAAUUCGUUCCAAAGGGCAGUGAACUUGAGCGGAUCUCCCGGCCAGGUGUCUACCUCACCAACUCAAUCUUUCAUGAGCUCGAUUCCUCGCCGUAUGAGUGUCUCGAAGCAGACUAAGGCGUUGAAGCCCUUUUCCACAGGCGACAUCAAAAUACUGCUGCUGGAAAACGUUAAUCAAACAGCCGUAGAGAUAUUUAACGGCCAGGGCUACCAGGUCGAAUACUAUAAGGCUUCUCUUCCUGAAGAUGAGCUCAUUGAGAAAAUCAGGGAUGUACACGCCAUCGGUAUCAGAUCCAAGACAAAAUUAAGCGAGAGAGUCCUGAAACACGCAAAGAGUCUUGUUGUAAUCGGGUGUUUCUGCAUCGGUACUAACCAAGUGGACCUCGACUUUGCCGCCAAAAUGGGUGUGGCCGUUUUCAACUCUCCAUUCUCGAACUCCAGGUCUGUGGCCGAGCUUGUGAUCGCCGAAAUCGUCACUCUCGCCAGACAACUUGGCGACAGAUCCAUUGAAAUGCACACCGGAACCUGGAACAAGGUGUCCAACAAGUGCUGGGAGGUCAGAGGCAAAACGCUAGGGAUCAUCGGAUACGGUCACAUUGGGGCCCAAUUGUCCGUGCUGGCGGAAGCGUUUGGUAUGCAUGUGCUCUACUACGAUGUUGUUACCAUCAUGGCUCUAGGUACUGCUAAGCAGGUCUCGACCUUGGAUGAACUGUUGGGCAAAUCGGAUUUCGUGACCUGCCAUGUGCCGGCAACCGCGGAAACAAAGAAUUUGUUGUCUGCUCCUCAAUUUGCCGCCAUGAAGGACGGUUCCUACGUCAUCAAUGCCUCUAGAGGUACCGUGAUCGACAUUCCAGCCCUUGUGCAGGCUAUCAAGGUAGGGAAGAUAGCUGGUACUGCGUUGGACGUUUACCCUCACGAACCCGCCAAGAAUGGUGCCGGCGCCUUCAAUGACGAUCUGAACGAUUGGGUUUCAGAACUGACCUCGUUGCCCAAUGUCAUCCUGACUCCACACAUUGGUGGCUCUACUGAAGAAGCUCAAAGUGCCAUCGGGAUUGAAGUGGCCACUGGUUUGACAAAAUACAUCAACGAAGGUUGCUCCGUUGGUUCUGUCAACUUCCCCGAAGUCUCCCUCAGGGGCCUAGAUCUGGAUCAAGAAAAUGUGGUCCGUGUCUUGUAUAUUCACCACAAUGUUCCUGGUGUCUUGCGGACCGUGAACAAUAUUUUGUCCAACCAUAACAUCGAAAAACAGUUCUCUGACUCUCAAGGUGACAUUGCCUACUUGAUGGCAGACAUUUCCUCCGUAGAUCAAAGCGGUAUCAAGGAAAUCUACGAUCAACUGAAUGCUACCGAAUACAAGAUCUCCAUCAGAUUGUUGUACUAA